GCAUUCUUUGGUUUUGCAUGUACAUUCAACUGUUUUAGUAGUUUUUGUGAGUUUUUUGUGGUAUGUGUUUUUUGAAUGAAAUGUGGGAGUGUUUGUGUUUUUUGGCUUCGCCAUUUCUGCGUUUCUUGGAGUUUUUCGUCUUCUUCUUCCUUUCUCUUCUUUUUUUUUUAUUUUUACAUUACAUGUAUAUUUUUGUGUCGUUUUGCUCUUUUUUCUCUGUCGUUUUGCCUUGACUUUUCUCCUUCUACCCUUUGUUUAUUCUUCUUUCUUUCUUCUUUUUUCUUUCAGUCAACAUGUCUGAUACCUCUGAUAGUGCCAACCCUAGUAGCCCUGGGUAUAUGAGCGAUUCCUCCGAGCCAUAUUCUCCUUCUUCCCCUUCCUCUGUCUCUUUACCCUCUGAUGAAGAGGCUAGGACAGUAGCAGAGAAUAGAACUAAGUCUAUGCAUGAUGUUAUCUCUCGUUCUGAGCCUGCGGUGAUAUCUAUCUCCAGUGGGUCUUCCUCUGGGGGUGUGUCUCCCGUCGCUGGCAGGGCUACGCCUGUUGUGUCAGGGCCUACUCCUGCCUUUCGUCAACGUCUUAGAGAACUGCGCCAUGAACAUUUGGCCAGUGCGGUUCGAUUGAACCCUCCCCCUAAUGCCCCUAUUGGGUUAGACAUCCAACCCCUGGCCGAAGUAGCUUGGUUGGACAGUUUUGAUCAACUAGACGGGCCUUUUAUUGGGAGUACUGAUGGGUCGUUGCAUGUUUACCGCAGACGUUCUCCGAUGGCAAGUGGUCCUAGCAGUGGUUUCGGCGACGCAGAGCAUCAUCCUGAGAAUCCCAUUCUCGAGGAGGUGGGGCUUCUCCGACCGUUUCCGUUGUAUGUUGAGGAAGAUCUGCCCGUUGGCUCGACUGAGAGUUAUUUAACUCCUGAAGUUUCAUAUGGUCCCUUAAACGCUGCGCCGGAUGCGGAUUGGCUCAAAGCAGCUCGUCAACAUGAUUAUCCUGGUGUUGGAAGGGAGCUUUAUGCUUUUCCCCCUGGAUACGAGCUGGUUGUCCCCGCAGAUGAUGCUCGUAUUACUGCUCCUCCCCCAGGUCAUAUUGGGUUGUAUUCAUAUCAUCUGGACUUUGGGCUGCGCUUUCCCUUGGAUCCAACCUUGGCCAAAUUCUUGAAGGCUUUUAAUGUCUGCCUGGCGCAGCUUCAUCCGUUUGCUAUACGGACUUUGGUCUGCUACUUGUGGGUGGUGCGUUUCAAAGGCUUCCCUGAGACUCUCUCUUUGUGCAAACGACUGCACUGUAUUCGAAGCAGUGAUAACAAGGAAGGGAGCAUUGGUUGGUUUACCACUUACACUGCUCGAGGCAAAAUGACCUGCUUGGGCAACCCCACUGGGCAGAGGGAUUGGAAGGGUCGAUUCUUCUGGCUUCGAGUUCCCGCUGACUUUCCUUUGCCUCGUAGCUUUGUUUCUCCAAAUGGCAAGAUGGAGGGUGUGGAGGUUUUGGUUGGUCAUAACUUGGAGGAUGCUGCUUAUGAGUGGUUUGACUCAGUAGUUAAGCGCGACGCGAACGGAAAGGACGUCGGCCGUGCCCCUAAGAAUUGGCUGCCUCAGUCGAUGUAUAUUCUGCGGAAUGAUGUUCUUUCCGCUAUGCACUUGUGCAACACUCAUCCUCAUGGUCGUCAACACCUUGAUAUGAGCUCCCUGGGUUUAACUGCUGAUGGAACCCCCAGACUAACGAGCCAGCUGAAGACCCCGCCAAUGCUUACCGUACCAUAGCUGAUGUUGUUGGCGGACGCAGAGCAAGCUCUCGACGAACUGUUCGAGGGGGGAGUUCUGCUGCUAGUCGUACUGCUAGAGGUGGGGGUUCUGUGGCUAGCCGCACUAGCAGAGGGGGAGGCUCUGCAGGAGUAACCGCUGGGGCGAGCACCUCAACGCCACGUUCUGCCCCUGUUUCUCGGGCUACCCCUUCUAUAUCUGCCUCUGCUCGGCGUGGUCAGACCACACGGGGAGGGGGUAAUAUUGCGGGCCAACGUCGGCCUCGCCCUGAGACGGAAAGCGUUUCUGUUGACGUUACGCGAACUGCUGCAGACUAAUUGCAAUCUGCUCAUCCUGACCAAGUCGUGAAUUCCUCUAUCUCCGAGCAGGUGGAGAUCGUGACCGAGGAGCAGGACGUCCCUUUUGUGCAGCGCCCAGGUAAGCGCAUUUGCAUUGGGGAGGGUUCUCGCUCGCAGGAGCAGGCCCAAGCUUCUGCCCCUGCUAACCAAAGCACUGCUUCUCUUCCUACUUCAUCUGCUGCUCUUGCUGCUUAUUUGGAGGAGCAACUGAGGUUGCCUGAGUCUUCUGUUCCUGCUUUUGUGAAUAUUAGGAACGGGGAAUUUCUGGAGAAGGAGGCCAUUGAUGUUCGCCCUGCGGUGAACCCUGAGUUGGCUGCCUGUUUCUCCCCUGCGCCGAUUAGCGAUGACAUCUUCGUUCCUCACUGGGAUGUUAGAGCUAACGAGUCUUUGUAUGCCAGCUUCCCAGAGAAAGGCGGAACGUUGGCAUACCGGAUGUUGAAGGGGUUAACACUGCCAGCUGACCGCCCUCUUGAGCGUGUUUACACCCCUGGGGCUAACGCCUGCCAAAAGGUGUUAGAGGUAAGAAGCUUUUGAAUCUAUGCUGUUUUUAUACUUAGCCAUUUUUUGCAUGUUUUUGUACUUAGCCAUUUUUUUUUUUUUAUUAU